CGGAUCCGUAUCGCCAUGUUGGUGUUGUUCGAGACGGCCGCCGGUUAUGCCAUCUUCAAGGUCCUGGACGAGAAUAAACUCCGGGAAGUGGAUAACUUAUGGCGGGAGUUUGAAACGGCAGAAAAGGCAAAUAAAUUCGUGAAGCUAAAACAUUUUGAAAAAUUCCAAGAUACCACACAAGCUCUUGCAGCUGCUACUGCCCUGGUGGAAGGCAAGCUUGGUAAAAGCUUAAAGAAAGUGCUGAAGAAGAUUGCUGCAAAGGAAGCUCAUGAGCAGCUGGCUGUUGCAGAUGCCAAGCUUGGGGGUGUCAUCAAAGACAAACUUAAUCUGAGUUGCAUUCACAAUGCUACUGUUGCAGAAUUGAUGAGAGGAAUCCGGACUCAGAUGAACGGAUUGAUCACUGGCUUACCAGCUCGUGAGAUAAGCGCCAUGUCUCUUGGUCUUGCACACAGUCUAUCCCGUUACAAGCUGAAGUUCAGCCCUGACAAGGUGGAUACGAUGAUUGUCCAAGCAAUCUCUUUACUGGAUGAUUUGGACAAGGAGCUGAACAAUUAUAUCAUGCGCUGCAGAGAAUGGUACGGCUGGCAUUUCCCCGAACUUGGAAAAACUGUCACUGAUAACUUGGCAUACUGCAAGUGUGUUCAGAAAUUGGGUCACAGAACAAAUACUGCCACCACAGACUUCUCAGACAUUUUACCAGAGGAGGUGGAAAGUGCCGUGAAGAUUGCAGCUGAAAUAUCAAUGGGAACAGAGGUGUCUGACGAAGACAUUGAACACAUUAUACAUCUUUGUGAUCAGGUAGUGCAGAUCUCAGAAUACCGCACCCAACUCUAUGACUACUUGAAAAACAGAAUGAUGGCCAUAGCUCCCAAUUUGACCGUGAUGGUUGGAGAACUGGUUGGAGCCAGACUAAUCGCACAUGCUGGUUCUUUGUUGAACCUAGCAAAACAUCCUGCAUCCACUGUGCAAAUUCUGGGUGCAGAAAAGGCAUUGUUCAGAGCAUUAAAGACAAGAAGAGACACUCCAAAAUAUGGUCUUAUUUAUCAUGCAUCAUUAGUGGGGCAGACCACGCCAAAGAACAAAGGCAAGAUCUCCCGGAUGUUGGCAGCCAAGGCAUCCUUAGCCAUCCGUUAUGAUGCUCUAGGUGAGGAUACAAAUGCGGAAAUGGGUAUUGAGAACAAAGCCAAGCUGGAGAUCAGGAUACGGCACUUAGAAGAAAGAGGGAUGAGAAAGAUAAGUGGAACAGGAAAGGCUCGAGCAAAAUCUGACAAAUAUCAGCAUAAGAGUGAGGUGAAAACAUAUGAUCCAUCUGGGGACUCGACUCUGCCUUCUCUCUCAAAGAAGCGGAAGAUUGAGGAGGUGGACGGUGGGGAAGAACAAGCGGAUAUGAAACCCACAAAAAAGGCAAUGCUUUCAGAGCUUUCUGAAACAGUUGUAGAAGAAGGUGAACAGCCCCCAAAGAAGAAAAAGAAGAAGAAAGAAAAGAAGCAAGAAGUAACAGUAAAACAGGAGGAGGAGGAGGAGGAAGAGGAAGAACCAUCAACUUCUUUUGUUGUAGAGACCCCAGAAAAGAAGAAGAAAAAGAAAAAGAAAGUGAAGGACGAAUGAAUUCAAAUCACAAAAUUAUUUUUGCUCUCUGACUGAUGAACACUCUGAAAGUGUUAAUUUUUUUAACACGCUGUGAAAAUGUUUUUUCUGUUGAAAGUCCCUGUUGAUUAUCUUUCUGUAAAACCGUAUAAAGGUUAUUUUGUAUUUUAA